AUGGACAUACCUUUGGCUUCCCGGAAUGGCGGCGAGUCCUCUAGGCUCGGUCAUAUUGGUCAACAAUCUUCUUAUGGCGCCCCUCCAUCAUUUGGCUUCACCUCACACUCACAACGCAUCGCAAAGAAUGCCAAAUAUCAACAAGCAAAUGCAGAAUAUGCAGAAUCUCCGGAAUUCCCAGACCUCGUCACAAAGUUGCAAAUUCGUAUUGCCGUUCUCGAGAACGACCUCGCUCAUGCUACAAAAGACAAGGAUGAAGCUAUCAAGAGCUCCGUCAUCAUCGCGAGAGCAUUGGGUAAUGUCACCAGUAACUCGGAGUCAAUUACGGGGAACUUACGAAAUCCUGAUGCCGAAGAGUUGGAAGAGUUGAGAGUUGUAGUGCCAAGAUUGAGAAGGGAAAAUGCUAUUCUUUGGGAACGCAUUGAGUCUCGACAGACUGAUCACAUGGCUGUUAGUGGAAAUCUCAUUAAUGCUGACUUCAAAGGCAAGAGUCCCGACCUAUUUUCUAUGGAUGAAAUCAACUACCAUGUCCCAUCCAGGCCACGCACAACCCAUCCCGUCAUCGAUGCGGCCAUAAAGAAAAUCAGCACUCGGGAAGAAUCCAGGUACUCUUAUCAUCCAGUCGACUUCAGCGAAGCAACUCAUCUUCCCAACACAGUCAAUCUUGAGCGAGGUGAAGACGGUAGUUUAUCGGUUCCACCCAACUUUCCCAUUCUCCCCACCACCCAAAAGAGAAAAACCAUUCACGACUACAACACUUCCACGCUCGAUGACGUUCUUGCCUCCGAUGUUGAAGAUGAAGAACCGGUAAUCAAGAUCGAAGAUCAACUUCUCUUUCAACAACAGGCACACGCAAGUUUAAUCAAUGUUCCUGCUCCUGCUGUCCUCAAAGCCGGUUUCGAAUUAUCUCCAGCAAAGGCUGUGAGGGGCCAUGAUUAUGCUAAUCAAAGUCAGGCUAAUCGCAAUGUCUACUACGAUAAGUUUAACACUCGCAAUUCUAAUGCAUCAAGUCGUUCCCGAUCUUUCGAACUCCCCGGUUUGAAGGCAGGAACCACUAUCUGGACAACACCUCAGCAGAGAGAUAGUGAGAUCAUGACUCACCUGGGCGAUUGUGAUUCCAAGAAUCGUAGCAUUCCGGACUAUUUCAGAUACGGAAUCCUUUAUGUUCCUGCGUUAGAAGAUCGUGAUAUUUUCAGGGGUGUCCAUAUUGGAGGUAUUCCGGAAGGGAUGGACCUGAGAGAUGUUCUUGCGAGGGUUAGAGGUGGUAGGAUCUAUUCGGCUAUUUUGUUGAACACAAUGAAAUUGACGGGUAGUAAGUCAGCGUUGAUUACAUUUGUCAAUCAGGAGGACGCCAAGGCUUAUGUUGAGUAUGCGAAUGCUCAUCCUAUUACGCUCGGGGCAACAGAUUUGGGUAGUGAGAAUGUGGCCAAGGCGAUUGUCACACAUAUUCAUACUCCCACCUACCCUUUCUCUCCAGCAAGACUUAGGACGAUCUUCGAGUUCAGUCGUACUCGCAUCCUUACGAUCCCCAAUUUUCCUCCAACCAUUUCCCUUCGAACCCUCGUGUAUGAUUUGAAAAACAGAAAUGAGUUCAGAGCUAAUAGCUUGCUCGAAUGGUAUAUCAAUGAAGAAGGAACUCUUCGAAUGGAAUUUUCCAGUAUGGAUGAAGCUGGGAGUGCUUUUGGUCUUUUGACUAGGUCGGGUGCUUACAGAGAUUUUGGACUGAUUUUGCAAUUCGAGAGAGAUAACUGCGAAGGAGACUUGCAGGAAUUGGAAAAGGGACCUGAAAAGAGAAGACCCAUGUUUCCUUCGAUAGAACUGGGAGUCAAGACCGACAGAAGUGGAACUCGAGCUGAGGGAAUGGUCGAUAGCUCGAAAGUGGAUGCAGUCGUUGAUUCGGGUUUAGUGGUGCAGAGAAGAAGAUUGGCGGCGUUGCAGAGACAACAUGAUGUUAUUCCCAGUUUGAGAGGUUCGGCUUUGAAAGCAGGUUCAUGGGCUGAUGAGGUUGAGGAGGAAUUGGGAGAGAGUACAUCCGUUCAAGAUUUUGGUCGUCAAGAUGAAGACACCGGUACUGUCAGGCAUCAGCCGCAUCGAGCACAUUCCAGUACUGCAUCUACAUCAACCCUCAUCGGAGCAUCAUCUGAUGCCCCCCAAAAAGAUGAAGAUCCCUCUUUCGUUACACCAAAACGUGCGCCCCGCAUUAUUAGUGGAAAACAAUGGCUUCUUGAAGUGGCUGCUGCUGAAGCUUCUUCUCAGAAUCCAUCUACAUCAUCAGCUACACCAAGUUUUGAUGCACCAGCUCCCAUGCCAGACACACCUACCUCCAACAACUCCACACCUCGACCCCGUCUUAUAAUCUCAACCACGUCUCUUCCUCAAACCACCACCACCAUAAAAUCUCCCUCUCCAAGCUCUGCAGAAUACAGCAUUCAUUCUUUCGCUUCCUCCGCCGUUUCCGUCGCCGAUGAUGCCAAUAAUUCACCCCCACUCACCCACCCCAGAAAACAAACUCAAGCCCCCCUCGGACACAAGCCUAGACCCUCAGUUCAUCUCAUCGGUCCCCGCAUCUCCACCUUCCAACCUGCUCAACCCGGAGAAUCUCGCCCCAUUCUCCCGAUCGAACCAAUUGCAUCAACACAAGCACCACCAAAUGCAAAUGUCCAAGCCUUUCAAACCUUCAAGUCUACAAUCGAAAAUGCAGAUACGAAGGUUUAUUUCGAUCUCGAUCCGGAAGCUGAUACCGAUAAGGCAAUUCUGGAGAGUGAAGUUGAAAGUGAUCAUGAAGCACGCGGAAGUUUGGAUAUAGGAGAGGCUUCGAGUGUUGACAAGGGAAAGGGAAAGGAAAACGCAGUGAAGAUUAAUCCGGAUGAAAUUGAUCUUGAAGGAGAAUCUGACGGAGAGGAAGAUGAGAAUGAGGGACUUUUUCAAAAGGAAUUAGUUCUUGAUGGUAAAGCUCUGAACUAA